ACCAAAACCUUUAAAAGUCCACUGUGGCAAAUGAAAAUAAUUACCCAGCAAAAAACCUUUUUUAACGACCAAAAGAAAAUACAAAAAAAUUACAAGAAGAAGAAGAAAAAAUUUUAACAAAGGUUCAAGACACGAAACAAACCGUAACCAUAGUACCGUCGAACGACGAAGAUGUUUGUAGGAGAAAUGUGAGAAUAUUUUCCUCCAUUGUUUAGGCACAGCAGAAGAGACUUUAUACGCAUUAUAACAACACUUUGGGCCUCUACUCUGAUGAUGGAACACACAAACAAUGAGAGAUCUAAAGCCCCCUUCGUUCAAAACAUAUUAUAACCAAAAAACUUCCCACUUAGUAAGUAAACGCGAUCACUCCAAACAACGACCUCCAAUCUGAAGUUUUAGUUUUGUUCAGAACUCGACCGCGUCAAGACUUACUUUACCUUCAAGUCCAUUCAAUUUCAUUCAAAAUAAUAAGCCUCUAUGUGUUGAUACUUACCUUAAACCUUUAUAACGUGUGUUUUUUCUGAAGAAAAGGAUGUCUUCGUAAUUUUCGGUUUUUAAUGUUUUAUCAUUUUUCGCUAAAUAAGUUGCAUGUUUGUGAGACUCUAGCAGCAAUAACAACUUACAAUUUUCAACUUCCCUUUCUGGGCCUUGCUCGAUUCGACACGCAUCGUUGAAUCUACUACAAAUCAAAAAAUAGCCAUGGACGACUUUUCACACAAAGUUUCGUUUCGAGGCAGAAGUUAAUUGAACGUAUCGAGGAAUACCUACAUUUUUCGUUCGUCGUCGGGCGGUAUCACAGAAUACAACCGGAAGGAGUUAAUUGUGUCAUUAUAUAACGUCAAAUAGUGAUAUCGGGACCGGGAGUGAUCAAACGCGAAAUGUUAACCCAGUUAAAAUUUGACUAUUUCAAUCAUAAUGUAUUGCACAAAGGAUUGCGAUUGUAGUUUGUGUCGAGAAUUGCGAGGUUUUCGGCCUCCAAAAUCGGAUAAGAAGUUGAAAAAAUCGGAUAGUUUUGUUGGAAGUGAGAAUUUUAUAUUGAAACGUUGUGAUAUUGGCGCCCAACGAAAUGGCGCCCAACAAAAUGAUGAAUCAAGAGUUGAAAAGAAGUCAGCUACACCACCAGCACCAUUACCACCAAAACCUCAGGUGUCUUUAGCAGCAAUUAAAGCUAAGACAGGUGAUAAACAAGAGUCGUCAUCGUCGUCCAAACACAAAGUAAUUAUAUACUUUGGUGAUUCAAUAGAAAAUCGACAAAACAAAGAUCGGCAUCAUAAUAAUAAUAACAAUGCUGCUGUUGCUGGCCAAGGUAGUGAUUUAAAAGACUUGAUACAUGCGAGUAGGUUGUGCGAUGAAAUGGUGUUGAAGACGUGCGAAUCAGAGUUAACGACUUCACCACAGCCAACACAGCCAAUAUUGCGGUCGUCUUCUUCUUCUGCAGCAAAAUGCAUUGAUUCUAGCACAGAACUACCAUCGUUUAUUGAAAGCAUACACAAUGGAGUAAUAAACAUACGAAUUCAUGGUAAUUACAAAACGGCAAAUGAUUUGGUUGCAACAUUAUCGACACGGCAACGCAAUAAUAAUAAUAAUAAUUCAACAUCAUCUAACACCAAUAGCUGGGAUAUUCGAUCACAAAGUGAAGACUCAUUCGAUUGGAGUUUUGUACAAGAAUGGAGAUCUCGGUAUGGAAGACCAUCUGGAAGCACCAGAGUCGAUAUACUGCCAUUCAAUUCAUCAUCCCAAUCGAAUUCCCAACUAGCAGUAAAUAUAAGUUCUGGCAAUUUGAAUGCGUGCGGUGUUACAUCACCAACCAAUAAUAAUAAUAAUAAUCUCCAACCACCUGAUCUAACUGCUUCGACAAAUUGUGGUCUAUCAUCGGGACGCAUACAAAGUCCAGCUGUAGCAACACCUGCACCAAGAAUAUCAAAGGAAGUGGCGCAACGAUUAGCUGCAGCUGGAAAUCAAUCAACAUCACACCAUGAAUCAAUUGAUGGUUAUUCACCAAAUAACAAAUCAGUCUCUGGAAAUGUAAAUGCAUCAAAUGCAAUUGAGCGUGACCAUCAUCAAACAAAAAUGGGAAGUAGUGGUGGUGUUGGUUAUCAUUUGGGUCAGUCCAAGCCUGUUCCACAUCGUUCAGUUGCUGGUCCAGCGCGUCUUACAGCACAAAGUACUCCGGUAAAAUCACAACCACCCAUGAUAAGCGGGAGUCUUUCAAGUCAAAAUAAAACACCUUCCGAAAGAGUUAUCGAUAACCUGCAUGCUUCCCAGAAACAAAACCUCGGAACAAGAACACACCAUCAUGAGUUUCGAGGUCUUCAAAGGGUCCAAGAAUGCCACAGUUCUUCAGAUGAAAAUCGUUCAUCAGGCCAUGCCAGUAUGUCAGAUACUGGAGGUCAUGGUAGUAGCUCUCCAGGAGGAGCUCUAGGUCCUCUCCCCGAAGAUCGAUUAGCAGCUGGUGUCACAAAUCGCAGUACAAGAUCGAGAGCUAGCACUAACCAUUCCCGUUCUCGUCAUCGUGCCACUCCAGCUAAAGUACCUUGGGGAGGUAGUGGAUUGGAGGACAUAAAACUUGCCAUUCAGCAGCUUACAAUGCGUUCUCAAACCAGCACUAGCACUUAUAGUAGCUUGAGUGCAGGUUCAGAGAGUUCAGAGCCUGCGCGAAGACUUGGUCGUUAUUCGUCACUAGAAACGGUCAAUACCAAUGUGACUAGUGCCGAUGAAUUCGUUUGGGUUGACUCCCAUAACCGUUUGGUUGAACUUCAACAUCCUCCCUGGAGUCAACAUUGUAUCUUGCGGGUCAUUCGAAAUGGCCGAUGCAAGGAACACUCCGAAAGAGUAUCGAUUGAAGCUGUUCCAAGACUUGGUUAUCUUCUCCAGCGUGCUUUAGUAAGAAUCGCUCGAGAAGUUCAAAGACUCUCAUCGAACCUUGGAUUGUGCUCCAAACAGGAAAUAGCUGGUGCUUUCAAAGUGGUUUUAUGUCCUGGAUUAGCAGACUCUUGUAUCAAAGCUUGCCUUCGAGCUGCUGCAAUGUUUGCAGUUCCCGGUGAAAGUGCAUUGAAACAAAGUAAGUCCUCCCGGGCAGGUCUUCAACUGCCUGUUGGGCGUUUUCACAGAUGGAUGGCUGAUGCUAGGUUGGGUAAAUUCAUUCAUGAAUACGCAGCAGUGUAUUUAUGCGCAGGUAUGGAAAACCUUUUAGAAGAGAUCCUUCUUCAGUGUUUUUCGUCAGAUGCAAAUGCAGCUUUAACUGCAACUGGCUUAGAGCAGGCCAUAGCUAGUUCUGGAGAUUUGUGGGGUCUGCUACAGCCAUAUGCCCAUUUAAAUGCUGGACGAGUUGCAUCUGGGGCCUUGACUAUGCCACGAUGGGCAAGUCAAACAUCGAUAGGGUCUGGAUCACAUCAAAAUCCAAGUGUAAGCUCAAGUUUGGAACCAUGCCUACUUACCACAUGCGUGGGGAGCAUCACAGAACUUAAGGACCUGGUUUCCCGUGCUCAGCAAAAAUUCCAACAUACUGCUUUCUCCAAUUCAGCCAUAACAGCUUUGUUUUAUUUCAUGAGAUGUUCGCAGUUGGAACAUAGCGAAGUUGGAAGUUCGACCACUUCAACAACCAAUACUCAAGAGUUAUGCUAUGAGAGGGCCUAUGUUGUGCUCCCGCCAUUGGUCGAAUGGUUGAGAGUCUCCUCAGCCCAUGCUGAAUACCGAAAUGCUAUAAUGAUUGAUAAGGAUGAUAUCAUGCAAGCUGCUAGGUUACUCCUACCUGGAGUUGAUUGUCCAACUCGAGGAGUUGGCCGCGAUGAAGAGUUGCCUUCGAAGAAGACACAUUUCGGACAUAGUUCGAGUUCAGUGAGUGGGAGUUCGAGUGAAGACACAGCUGAUUUAGGACGUCGAGCAACUCUGGCACUGGCUUUUAAACUAAUGCUAACAGGAAGAGCGGAUAUGUUAGCACAAGCUUCAACCUUAUUACCGCCUACGACGAGAUAUGAUACCUUAAACCAUGUCGGAAUGUCAGCGCUAAUGAUAGCUAGCAUUCGUAAUGACGACAUAGCUAUUCAAGCUCUUCUCGAUGCAGGGUGUGAUCCAAACAUUGAGGUUCCAGCUGUUGGGUCUCAAGGCUGUCCAGCUAUCCAUCCAGAUACUCAACAUUGGACAGCUGUAACAUUUGCCUCGUGUAAAUCGAACUUUCAAGCUUUGCGGAUGUUACUCGAUAGAGGGGGGAAAGUUGAGGGUGGAGCUCGUCUGAGUGAAGACAAAUCAACUUUGACGCCACUUCAGGUAGCUUGUGGAUCGGGUAACCUUGAAGUUGUAUCACUUUUACUCGCUCAUGGUGCACAUGCAUUUUUAUCGACUCAACAAAAAGACUCAAUGUGUUUUGCGAAUUCAGCUCAACGAGGUUGUUAUUGUGCAAUAUCUGUAGCAGCUGCACACGGCCAGAGGGCUUGUUUGCGGAAGCUACUGUCGCAUCCUUUGGCACCGGGUAGUCGAGAGGUGCUAUCGUUGGAGGAAAUGCUAGCUGAAGGUGAUAGCAGUGGUAGAGCUGGUGCUGAACGUCAACAAGAUGUUCCACCAAGUUUGAAUAAGACACAAAUAAAAAGCUUACAAGAAGCUAUGUAUCACAGUGCUGAAAAUAAUCAUUUAGAUAUUACAGUUGAAUUACGUGCUCUUGGUGUUCCAUGGACUUUACACUGUUGGAUGCAUGCAUUAGCGGCAGCACAUGAAUUACGAUUGGAUGCAGUUAUUGAUCAAUUGUUGCAGGACUUUCUUCAAGUUUGUCCCGAUGAUUAUAGUCCUCAAUUUGUUUCCGAAUGCCUUCCAUUGCUGUUUAAUAUAUUCCGAUAUAGUAAAAAUGAAGGAACUACUUUACUGUUGGCAGAUAUUUUUGCAACUUGUUUUGGCUGGGAGGCUAUUAAGUCGAUAAAAGAACCAGUUCUUCAGCCGGUUAAUAGCUCGAGAAUUGAUCCGAAAUUUGUAAAUAAUCCAGAGCUUAGUGAUGUUACGUUCAGAGUUGAAGGCAAAAUCUUCUAUGGCCACAAAAUAGUAUUAGUAACGGCAUCACCACGUUUCCAAAAUAUGCUCAGCUCCAAGUUGAGUGAUGGCAACGCUCCAACCGUUCAAAUCAAUGACAUUCGAUAUCAUAUCUUCCAAUUGGUCAUGCAAUAUCUAUACAGUGGAGGCUGUAACAAUUUGGAAGUUUCCCACAAUGAUGUCUUGGAAUUAAUGGCAGCAGCAAGUUUCUUUCAGUUGGAAGGAUUGUUGCGUUACACUGAGGCAAGGUGCUCAGAAAUGAUUGAUAUUGAUAAUGUUGUUGCAAUGUAUAUACAUGCAAAAGUUUACAAUGCCAGCAAACUUAUGGAAUAUUGUCAAGGAUUUCUUUUACAAAAUAUGGUUGCUCUUUUAACAUAUGAUGAUUCAGUUAAAAGAUUAUUAUUUGCAAAGAAAAUUCCAAAUCAUGAUGUUCUAUCUGGGUUAUUGAUGACACUACAAGCAAGAAUAAAAAAUCGAAAACCAGGUUCGACGAAUUUUUCACGACCACAAAUAAGUUCACCAGCAGCAUUAAAAGUGUCACCUCAAAGUGGAGUUAAAAAAUAAUAAAUAAAAAUAAAGUUUGAAUUUCUUGUAUAAUUGUUUUAAUUAAGAAUUUUUUAAAGUCAAACUUAAAAAAAAAGUAUAUUUUUUUAAGAACAAAAAAAAAUAAGUAAUACAUCUAAAAGAAAAUAAUAUCGUUUUGAUAACAAAUAAGAGAA